AUGACUUGUUAUCGUUUUGAAGUUUUUGUGUUGCGUUGUUGGUAGAGAAUUUAAUAAAUAUCGUAAUGAAAUACUAAUAAAAAAGAAAAAUGGAUUCCAGUGAAGUUCUGGAAGACAAGGACAGUGGGCCCGAGGUGCAGCUCAACUUGCCGGGGUCUGUGUUGAGCCGUAUUGAAGAGUUGAUGGGUGGAACAGAGCAGUUUGAUAAUGAAGAAUUCGACGCGGUGGCCUACAUCAACCGCGUGUUCCCGACGGAGCAGGCGCUGUCGGGCGUGGAGGCGGCCGCGGCGCGCUGCGAGUUCCGGCUGGCCGGCGUGACGCACGACAUCCGCCGCCUGCUGCGCGCGCAGCACCUGCAGCGCGCCGCCGGCACCGCCGCGCUGCACGACGCGCGCCGCUGCGUCGCCGACCUGGCGCUGCAGGUGGCCGACAUCAACAAGAAGGCGGAGCGCAGCGAGGGCAUGGUGCGCGAGAUCACGGCGGAGAUCAAGCAGCUGGACUGCGCCAAGUGGAACCUCACGGCCGCCAUCACGGCGCUGAACCACCUGCACAUGCUGGCGGGCGGCGCGGCGGCGCUGCGCAGCGCGGCGCAGCGCCGCCAGUACAAGGAGCUGCUGCUGCCGCUGCAGGCCAUCAUGGAGGUGCUGCAGCAGCUGCGGCUGUACCGCGACAUCCGCGAGCUCAACGCGCUGCGCGACGACGUGCACGCCGUGCGCGCGCAGCUCGCCACGCAGAUCCUGGCAGACUUCAAGGACGCGCUCACGGGCGGCGGCAAGGGCGCGGUGUCGCAGCGCACGCUGGCGGAGGCGUGCGGCGUGGUGGACGCGCUGGAGCCCGCCGUCAAGCACGAGCUCAUCCAGUGGUUCCUCGCCUCGCAGCUGCAGGAGUACGAGCACCUGUUCUCCAGCGAGCAGGAGUGCGCGUGGAUCUCGUUCGUGGAGCGGCGCUACGCGUGGCUCAAGAAGUACUUGCUGCGCUUCGAGGAAUCCCUAGCCGCCAUCUUCCCCGCGUCCUGGCGGCUCAGCGAGCGCCUCGCGCACCGCUUCUGCAAGACGACGCGCGCGGCGCUGGCGGGCGCCAUGCGCGCGCGGCGCGGCGAGCUGGACGUGAAGCUGCUGCUGUUCGCCGUGCAGAAGACGUACAACUUCGAGUUGCUGCUGCACAAGCGCUUCCUCGGUACGGAGUUGGGGUCUGAGGGUGCAGAUGAAGAAUCCAGUAAGCUAGCUUUCGACGAUGACGAUAAGGAGGAGCCUCGCACGGGCGCGGCGCAGGGCUCGCCGUGGGUCGGGCUCAUCGGCAUCUGCUUCGAGCCGCACCUGUCGCUCUACAUCACCAGCCUCGACACGAACCUGCGCGCGCUCAUGGACCGGUUCAUACAGGACGCGCGGGGCGCGGGGGCGGACGGGGCGGACGGGGCGGGCGGGGCGGGCAGCGGCGCGGGCGCGGUCAUGAGUAGCUGCGCGGACCUGUUCCUGUUCUACAAGAAGUGCCUGGCGCAGUGCGCCGCGCUGUCCACCGGGGAGCCCAUGCUCGAGCUGUCGGGCGUGUUCGGCAAGUACCUGCGCGAGUACGCGGGCGUGCUGCAGGCGGCGUUGCCGCGCGCGGCCGCCGGCGUGCCCGCGCUCGUGUCCAACCUGCACACGUUGCUGCGCGACGACGCCAGCGCGCAGAGGUACACCCGGCCGGAGCUCUGCAAGAUCACCAGCGUCAUCACGACGUCGGAGUACUGCCUCGAGACGACCGUCCAUCUCGAGCAGAAGCUCAAGGAGAAGAUCGCGCCCGCGCUCGCGGACAAGAUAGACUUGACGCCGGAGCAAGACCUGUUCCACAAGAUGAUCAGCAACUGCAUCCAGCUCCUCGUCCAGGACCUGGAGCUGGCCUGCGAACCGGCCCUCCAAGCCAUGACCAAGAUAUCGUGGCUGCAUUUCGACAACGUGGGAGACCAAAGCUCCUACGUCACCCAAAUAAUCAUGCACUUGAAGAACACGGUUCCAAACUUGAGGGACAAUUUGGCGUCUUCGCGGAAGUACUUCACGCAGUUCUGUAUACGUUUCGCGAACUCCUUUAUCCCGAAGUUUAUCCAAAACAUCUACAAAUGCAAACCGAUUUCUACUGUCGGCUCUGAACAGCUGUUGCUGGAUACGCAUAUGUUGAAGACCGCUCUGUUAGAGCUACCCUCCAUAGGUUCUGACGUUAAACGAUCCGCGCCUACCACUUACACUAAAGUAGUAAUUAAAUUAAUGACUAAAGCUGAGAUGAUAUUGAAGCUAGUUAUGGCACCCUUGGAUGGCAACCUGGAAGGGUUCGUAUCUCAGUUUCUGCAGCUACUGCCGGAGAGUACGAUCGCGGAGUUCCAUAAAGUGCUAGACAUGAAGGGCGCGAAGCUGUCCAAAGCACAAAUGAGCUCUUUGGACGCUUUGUUCAAGCAAAUCACCAAGGCUGCUAGCGGUUUCUGUGUGAUAUUAGUUGUUACAAUAUUAGCUUUAUUCGAGCAAUGGCGUGGCGGGAAACGGGCUGCACGCGCACAGUUUUCAGACUUGGAAGAUGUGUAUGAAAAAGAGAUUUUGGAGGAUGAAGCCCGGAUCAUCCCAGGGUUGGGAGACGGUGGCGUUGCCGCGCAUCUGACGGGUGAAGCGAAGCGCCUCGGCGAAGAGUCCGAGAAGAAGCUAGCUAUAAACGUGUAUCUAAGCGAUCGCAUAGCGUACAAUAGAACUUUAAAAGACCACCGCAACCCAGCGUGUGAACGUGUAGUCUAUGAUGCAGAGCUGCCUUCAGCAUCAGUGAUACUAAUAUUCCACAAUGAGCCGUACUCAGUGGUUGUGAGGACAAUAUGGAGUGUCAUCAACAGUGCAAGGAGGGACCAGCCCUGGUAUCGGAAGGCUAAUUAUGUUGACAGAGAGACCGGUCAGACCAUGACACUCGGUUACCCGGGCCAAGACCCUGCGUCGCCGUUUGUGUACCUAAAGGAGAUUAUCCUAGUGGACGACAAUUCCACACUGCCGGAACUAAAGGGCAAACUCAGUCACUAUGUCCGCACUAGGCUGCCGCCUGACCUCAUAAGAAUACUAAGGCUGCCUGAUCGGGUAGGCGUGACGCGAUCGCGUUUCGCAGGCAGUCUCGCCGCGCGCGGUGACGUCAUGAUCUUCCUCGACUCCCAUUCUGAAGGGGACGUGGACUGGCUCAGGCCACUGCUGCAGAGGAUCAAGCAGAACAGAACCGCUGUAGUCAAACCCAUUAUUGACCUUAUCGAACAAGACACGUUCGAGUAUUACGUCGGGGACAAAUUAAAGUUCGAGUGUUGUAGAUUUAAAAAAAAUUUCCCCUAUCACAGUGUAGGUCUCACCCGUGCCCGCUUGGAAGGCGCACGGUUUGCCACUGGCGAUGUCUUGGUCUUCCUGGACUCCCACUGCGAGGCCCAGCAGGACUGGUUGAGGCCUCUGCUACAGCGAACCAAGGAAUCGCCGCACGCGGUCGUCAUCCCCAUCAUCGAUGUCAUUGAGGCCUCUAACUUCUACUAUAGCGUACAAGAUCCUGUCACUUUCCAGGUUUCGGAAUGCUUUAACCUCAGAGUCAGGCAGGGCUUGAUGGCCGCGCGCAUGGCGGGAGCGCGCGCGGCCCGUGGACGCGUGCUGGUGUUCCUGGACGCGCACUGCGAGGCGGGCGCCGACUGGCUGCGGCCGUUGCUGCAGCGCGCGGCGCACAAGCGGGACGCGGUGCUGACGCCGCUCAUCGACGUGCUGGACCAGGCCUCGUUCCGCCUGGACGCGGCCGAGCACUUCCAGGUGGGCGGCUUCACGUUCAUGGGCCACUUCACCUGGGUCGACGUGCCCGAGCGCGAGAAGAAGCGUCGCGGGUCGGACAUCGCGCCUACCUGGUCCCCCACGAUGGCGGGCGGGCUGUUCGCCAUCGACCGCGCCUACUACUGGGAGAUCGGCGCCUACGACGAGCAGAUGGCCGGCUGGGGCGGCGAGAACCUGGAGAUGUCCUUCCGCGUGUGGCAGUGCGGCGGCACGCUGGAGACGGUCCCGUGCUCGCGCGUGGGGCACGUGUUCCGCAGCUUCCACCCCUACGGCCUGCCCGCGCACACCGACACGCACGGCAUCAACACGGCGCGCAUGGCGGAGGUGUGGAUGGACGACUAUGCGGAGUUGUUCUAUUUGCACCGCCCGGACCUCAGGAAAAGCCCCAAGAUCGGCGACGUGACGCACCGCCGGGUGCUGCGCGAGAAGCUGAAAUGCAAGAGCUUCCAGUGGUACCUCGACACCGUGUACAAGGAGAAGUUCGUGCCCGUCAGGGACGUGUUCGGCUUCGGCCGGUUCGCCAACCCGGCGUCCGGGCUGUGCCUCGACACGCUGCAGCGCGAGGGCGAGGCGGCCCCGCUGGGCGCGUACGGCUGCCACGCGCGCCUCGAGGCCACGCAGUACCUGGCGCUGUCGCUGCGAGGCGAGCUGCGGGACGAGGAGAAGUGCGCCGAGGUGCAGUACGCGCGAAGCCCAGCCACGGAUGUAGGAGAGGAUCUAAGCAGACGCGUGCUGAUGGUCACUUGCCACGGGAAGCAACGAGGACAGAAAUGGCGGUACCUGCCCUCGGAGCAACUACAGCACACGGAGAGCCGCCUCUGUCUGACCACGACAGGCGCGUCGGGCAGCGACGCGAUUGUCGCGAAGUGUCGCAAUACGCCGCGACAAGUGUGGAAGAUCGACUACAGCGAGCUGAACGACUUCCGAAUGAAAAGUGACGCGGCGCCCUCGGACCAGGAGCUACGGCUGCGGAACCUGCGCGCGCGCCGUCGCGUCUCCCGCUCCCUGCUGUCCCACGCGGAGGAGGAAUCCAAUAGCACGCGCCGCCACCGCAAGAACAAGCGCGGCAAGAAAAGCAAGAACAGCAACAAACAUAAGCACCACAGCAACAAGAAAAACAAGUUCAUACUGAAGCUGGUCCGCGCCGGCGCGAACCACACCGACGAGCAUUUGGAAGUGGACGUGUACUGUCGCCACCGACAGCUGUACCCAAACAACAGCUUCGUGAGGGAUUUGGUCACCGCGCUCAAUGACAAGGACAUCAAGGUGGUCAACAACGGGCGCGUGUUCGAGCGGCGCCGCGACUCGCCGGCCCGCCCCGCGCCGCCCGAGCCAAAACCCCAGAAGAAGCGCAAACGCAAGCUGGCCGCCGCACCGGGCCGGCCGCUCGCCGCCGCGGCCGCCGCGCGGGACCAGAUCAUCAUCGAGGACUUCGCGGAGGUGUCGCCCGCCAGCGCCGCACAGGUCCGCACCCGCGCCCGCAACCUGCGACCGAAGACAAAACGAAAACGCGUUCGGCCGCGUGACCCCGUGAGACGAACCGAGGCACCGCACACCUACAAGGGAGCGCCGGCGGCGGGCUCGUCGCUGGAGGACUCGCCCAUGCUGAGCGCGGACGAGCGGGCCUCCGGGCGGCCUGUGUUGGAGAGCCGCUUCCGUCGUAACAACACGCACGAGCGUCGCGCCAAUGAGCGACGAGAGUAUAAUGCUGUGCCGUCCACACCGUUGCGGGAAGCGGACGACGAGCUCGCCGACGAGCGCAGCGGCGAGGAGCAGCCAGCGCCGGUGAAGGUGGUGAUGCGCAGCAACCUCACCUUCGACCUGGCCGACGAGUUCUUCCGCUGGAGCCCGCGCACUGCGGACCGCGUCGCAAAUCUUCUGGGCGAACUUUUCCCGGCGAACACAUCCAAGCACACACAACCGACUAGCGACGUAGCCGAUACAAACACACACACCGACGACACCGACAACGAAACGGACAAAUACGCAGUUGAGAGCGACGCAGAGGGUGCGCUACACAGACAGAUUGGAAAGGAGUUCAGGGAUAGAGAACAGGGUGACAGGGAGAGUGGAGUCGCGCCCAGCGCUGACUCAUCGGAGACUUCGGAGAGUGAGGACGAAGAAUAAGUAGCAAUGAAGGCUGCAUGAUAUAGAUUACUAUUUUCCUAAAUCUUUAGGUAUUGGACUAAGUUAAACAAUCUAGGUAUAUCUUUUUAACCGACUUCCUGCAAAAAGGUAGAGGUAAUCAGUUCGGUUAUUUUUUUUAAGUAGUUUAUUCCGAAAUUGUACCUUUAAACUUUCAUGAAGUUUCGGAGAUCGGAAUUUUGUAGAUGUUUUAAAUAAAUUUCUAGAUUUAAAGAUAUGCCUUGAUUGCUUAACUUUUAUUAACUACCUGAACAGAGUAUACUAUAGUGGCUUUACCCUUUCCCCUUGUACCAAAGAUUUUAUACUUGGACAUGCGUUGACACCGACAUCUAUGUCACACACACAAACAUACUGGGUGUACCCGGCCACGCUAAGGCAUUAAUCCGCAUUGCUUUGACAAUUAAGAAAUAAGUAGUAAAUAAAAUCACUUUUACAUAACAGUGCUACGCUGUAUAAAAAUUUCAAGUCAGUUCUUGGACUACAUUUUGGGCAGAAACUCGUACGGAGAGUGAAGUGUUACGGAUUGGCUAGAAUCUAGAUCUUAACUAUAACAGUACCCUAUUGGUACUUUGUAUUAGUAUAAAAUCCUUCCAACUAUUAUUAUUAACAAUGUUUUUAUGAAGGGGUGUAGAUGUAAAAAACCUUGAACCUUAAAUCUAAGAAAAUAAGGUUUAUUAUAAGAAAAAUGAUUUUUUUUCUUGUUUUCAGAAUAUUAUUAUUGUAAAUAAUUAUGAAAAGUUUUAAUUUCUAUAUGGAGACAUUCCACCGAUCCGCACUGGGCCAUCGUGCCCACGGCCUACAACCUUCUCAGUGCGGAGCAGUGUGCCGGUGAUGGGUUCAUACGAUGAUGAUGAAGAUAUUAUUUUUGCAAAAAAACAAUUAUUUGCCGGGACCAUUUUUGAAGGACCUUUUUUUUAAUCAUUCGACUUAUAAAUAAUGUGAAUAGUUUUGGAUACUUACAGUUAGUUGGACAUAAUUUGAUCAAUUACUUCUAUUUUAAGGAAAUAAUUAAAUAAAAAAAACUCUAAAAUAAGAGGUGAUAAAAAUUACGUUCUCAAAGUCGCAGAUGAAAAACUGAUUAUGCAGAAAUGCGCAGUUUUGAAAAUUAACUCUUCAACUUACUUUAAUACAAUACAUUAUAAAUAAAACAUAUCGUUGAGAAUUAAAAGUCCUGGUAUUUCUUUAAAUCAUAGAUAUUAUCGUAGAAAUAUGUUUACAUCGAAAACUACUAGUAUUUAAAAUAAAUAAAUAAAUGUUAGUUUAUCCGUAGUGUGUGAAGGUGCACUUCUGAGUAUUACGCAAGCUUUACUUGGAAACUAUGCCGUCCUGCUGUUCUCUUCGCGUUUACAUCACAAUUGGUUUACGCGAACCGUUUCAGUGUAAGCCUGUUAACUCCGCCUGACCUUGAAACAAAACCAUAUCUAUACUUACAUUUCAUGGAUACAUUUUCAUAGAAACAAGCAAAAAGUAGUAUUAAAUUUAAAAAAAAAUCGGUUUAUAAAGAAGGGUUUAUGAGCAAGGAAUAAAUGUAAACUGGUCGUCAACACUUCUAUACAAGCCACAAAUUAUUAAAAGAAAAAUCCUAAUAGCUUGAUACAAUUCACAAGUGAAGUUAUAUCAAUGUACAUAUAAAGUUCUCUACGCGCCUUAGGAAGUUUUUACUUUAACAAAUCAUUAAAUUAGAAUCUAGAAGUGCGGGAGAAAUCGGUUUGACAUAAAAACAAGUUCGUGAGUUAACAGGGUUACUAUGAGUUAUUGAAGUAUUAUACGAGGUGCUCAAUUAUAUUAAGAUGUAGAAUUAGUAUAAGUUUAGGAGGUAUGAUGUUUAUUAAGUCAGCCAAGCUCCGUUAGCUAGAAAUAAAUCCGACCAAUGAGAAUACUGUACAUUACUGAUAUACCCAAGAGAAAUCUGACCACAAAUAAAUAAAUUUUACCAAUGUGACCAUAAAAUAAUAAAAAAAUAUGACCAAAGAUACCAGUAUUCAAAUCAACCUGACACAUGUGACCAGGUUUACUACCAUCGCUUAAAUCAUUAGAAGACAGUUUGAUGUCGUACCUCGCCGACCCUAAAAUAAGGAUAGUAAUUGUUUCACAAUAAUUAUAAGCGCUAACAAUAUUAAAAUAACUCUGCUGACCAAUCUGUUGCCCGUUAAUAUCACCCGGUCAAGUUAGCUUUAUUGUAAAAUUUAUCUAUAUAAUAUGGUCUAUAUAAAUAUAAAUUGGUCAGCCUUUCUCAGUAGCUUUCUGUAAUACGAAAAUAGGUUUCAAUCUGCAACUUCGUUAUAAAAUUUGCGAUUAAUAUAAAACUGGUGCUGCCAAAUUGAGCGGUUGGCAACUUGUCAGCCAACAACAGUCCACGCUGGGCAGACGGGUUGGUGGUCGCAGUAGUAGUUGGUAGCACAGGACGCUGCUGGCCGUUAUCCGUUAUACUGCCUAAGUCGCCUCGGACGGGGUGAUGACAACUGUAUUUUGAACUGCCGCCACACGACACUUGACUUGGCACACCUUGUCAGGAUAGAAAGCUACUGGAUACGGACAGGAGACCGAGCUGUUGUGUUAGUGACUAUGUACACACUUCUUUCUAAUUACACGCAUAUCAGAUCGGUGACGAUAUUGAUGAGUUUUAGAUGGCGCGUGUGUAGGUACCCCAGGGAUACGCUCUUAACUUUUAUUUAAAUGUAUGUAUGUAUUUAAAAUGUUUUAAUUCACUGCCCACUAAAACCACUAUUUUUGUAUUUUUAAAUCACAUAUCAGACUCUGUGAGUUGCAAUAAAGUUUGUAAGACUGA